AUGAAGAAAUCUUCUAAUAAGACAACCAAGGAUUCCAGCUCUCCAAACUCAAGCAAUUUCUCAGAACCCUAUAUGUCUACAAAGGAUAUCAUAAACACAAAACCUUUCUCAUGUUCUGAAUGCGGAAAAUGUUUUCGCUGGCCGUCAGAAAUUGUUAUACAUCAGAGAACUCACACGGGAGAGAAACCUUUCUCAUGUGCUGAAUGUGGGAAAUGUUUUAGCCAGUGCUCAGGUCUUAGUACACAUCAAAGAACUCACACAGGAGAGAAACCUUUCUCAUGUGCUGAAUGUGGGAAAUGUUUUAACAGACAUGCUCCCCUUGUUUUACACCAGAGAACUCACACAGGAGAGAAACCUUUCUCAUGUGCUGAAUGUGGGAAAUGUUUUAACAGACAUGCUCCCCUUGUUUUACACCAGAGAACUCACACAGGAGAGAAACCUUUCUCAUGUGCUGAAUGUGGGAAAUGUUUUAGCCAUAACUCAACUCUAGUUAACCAUCAGAGAACUCACACAGGAGAGAAACCUUUCUCAUGUUCUGAAUGUGGGAAAUGUUUUAGCCUUAACUCAGCUCUAGUUAACCAUCAGAGAACUCACACAGGAGAGAAACCUUUCUCAUGUUCUGAAUGUGGGAAAUGUUUUAGCCAGUGCUCAGGUCUUAGUACACAUCAAAGAACUCACACAGGAGAGAAACCUUUCUCAUGUGCUGAAUGUGGGAAAUGUUUUAACAGACAUGCUCCCCUUGUUUUACACCAGAGAACUCACACAGGAGAGAAACCUUUCUCAUGUGCUGAAUGUGGGAAAUGUUUUAGCCAUAACUCAACUCUAGUUAACCAUCAGAGAACUCACACAGGAGAGAAACCUUUCUCAUGUUCUGAAUGUGGGAAAUGUUUUAGCCUUAACUCAGCUCUAGUUAACCAUCAGAGAACUCACACAGGAGAGAAACCUUUCUCAUGUUCUGAAUGUGGGAAAUGUUUUAGCCUUAACUCAGCUCUAGUUAAGCAUCAGAGAACUCACACAGGAGAGAAACCUUUCUCAUGUUCUGAAUGUGAGAAAUCUUUUAGCGGGCACUCAAAUCUUGUUUCACAUCAGAGAACUCACACAGGAGAGAAACCUUUCUCAUGUUCUGAAUGUGGAAAAUGUUUUAGCGGGCACUCAAAUCUUGUUAAACAUCAGAGAAUCCACACAGGAGAGAAACCUUUCUCAUGUUCUGAAUGUGGGAGAUGGUUUAGACAUAACAUAACUCUAGUUACACAUCAGAGAACUCACACAGGAGAGAAACCUUUCUCAUGUUCUGAAUGUGGAAAAUGUUUUAGACAAAACACAGCUCUAGUUAAACAUCAGAGAAGUCACACAGGAGAGAAACCUUUCUCAUGUUCUGAAUGUGGAAAAUGUUUUAUCGGGCACUCAAAUCUUGUUACACAUCAGAGAACCCACACAGGAGAGAAACCUUUCUCAUGUGGUGAAUGUGGGAAAUGCUUUAACGAGCACUCAAAUCUUAAAGCACAUCAGAGAAUCCACACAGGUGAGGAACCUUUCUCAUGUACAUAAUGGAGAAAUAGUUUUGUCAGUAAACCAGAUUUUGUU